GGUUUCCUUGAGCCCGGAAUCUCAUUUGUUUCUUCUCCACUUUUGGGGAGGUCGAUGGUACGCGCUACAACUCGCCCCGUGAUAGUGAAGACUAAAGGCGACUUAAAUUAAAAUCUAAUCUUUGUUGUGGUAUCAACAUUUCCAAUCGUUUUUCAGCCUUUUCCUAUAGUUUUAACCCUGAGAACUACUAAAUGGAACAUACGUUUUAAAUGGAUUUAUGAACCGAACCGAAGGACUGGUCACUAAAGUUGCUGCUAUCGGAUAAACCUUCUCCAGAACAAAAAAAAAGGGAAUUAGGAGGAACUUCUGUAUUUCUCUCUCAAGGUCCGCCAACACGCGCAUGGUCCAGAGUUGAUGCCCCUGCUGCCCAGAUGGAUCUCUCCAUCCAGAGCGUUCCCCAGCUGUGAAGCCCACGGCAGGAUGAGGAUGACUGGGAGCUUGCCACCACCACUGCUGCUGCUGUUGCUGUUCUGGACUCUGGCGGCUCUGGUGUUGCAAACUCAGGCUAGACCUGCGAUCACUGAAGAAGAGCAUUCCCCCCCUGGGCCCAUCGUACAGCCAGGCCUGCCAGCCAAUCAGACUGUAGCGGUGGGCAGCGAUGUGGAAUUCGAGUGCAAGGUCUACACCGACCGUCAGGCGCGCAUCCAGUGGUUGAAACGUGUCGAGGUCAACGGGAGUGACGUGGGUCCUGGCGGUCAACCCCUCAUCCGCGUCCUGAGGACCUCCGGACCCAACACCACUGAGAAGGACUUGGAAGUCCUCCAAAUAAGGAAUGUGUCCCGGGAGGAUGAGGGGGAGUAUACCUGUGCUGUUGAAAGCUCCUUGGGGCGUUUUCAUCAUUCAGCUUGGUUAACCGUUUACAAAGACCUGACGUCCUCUGAAGAUGACGAUGAGGAAGAGGAUGAGUCGUCAUCUGAAGAGGCCAAGCUGUCCAGUAGCCAGAAGUUAAUGCCGAUGCCCCCACAGUGGGCUCAACCGGAGAGGAUGGAGAAGAAGCUUCAUGCCGUCCCUGCCAGCAAGACAGUCAAGUUUCGCUGCCAGGCCAGUGGCAAUCCCACCCCAACGCUGAAGUGGUUUAAGAAUGGCAAGGAGUUUAAAAGGGACCAGCGCAUCGGUGGAUUCAAGGUGCGAGAGCACAUGUGGACCAUCAUCAUGGAGUCUGUAGUGCCCUCAGACAAGGGGAACUACACUUGUGUGGUGGAGAACCAGUAUGGCAGCAUCAACCAUACUUACCAGCUAGAUGUCGUAGAGCGCUCUCCUCACAGGCCCAUCCUACAGGCUGGUCUUCCAGCGAAUCGCACUGCGGUGGUGGGUAGUGACGUCGACUUUGUUUGUAAGGUCUUCAGUGACCCCCAGCCUCACAUCCAGUGGUUGAAGCAUAUUGAAAUCAACGGAAGUCGUUAUGGAUCAGAUGGCUUGCCAUAUGUUCGGGUGCUAAAGCAUUCAGGGGUGAACAGCUCAGACACUCAAGUGCUGACACUCUACAAUGUGACUGAGGAGGAGAGCGGACAGUAUAUUUGUAAAGUGUCCAAUUAUAUAGGCGAGUCCAAUCAGUCGGCCUGGCUCACAGUCAUUAAGCCACAGGCCCAAGCCGUGCCUCCCUCUCCACUGCCCAAUCAAACCUAUCUGGAGGUCCUGAUCUACUGUGUGGGCUUCUUCCUCAUCUGUGUGAUGGUGGCCAUUGCGGUCAUUGCCAGGAUGCACAGCUCAUCCAAAAAGAGCGACUUCAACAGCCAGCUGGCCGUGCACAAGCUGGCCAAAAGCAUCCCUCUGCGCAGACAGGUAACAGUGUCCGUGGACUCCAGCUCCUCGCUGCACUCUGGGGCAAUGCUGGUGCGUCCCUCGCGCCUCUCCUCCAGCGGCUCCCCCAUGCUCUCCGGGGUCUCCGAGUACGAGCUCCCCCAGGACCCCCGCUGGGAGCUGUCCAGGGAACGGCUCGUUCUCGGGAAGCCUCUGGGUGAAGGCUGCUUUGGCCAGGUGGUGAUGGGAGAGGUCAUGGGAAUGGAUAAAGACAAGCCAAAUCGUGUCAACAAAGUGGCAGUCAAGAUGCUGAAAUCUGAUGCCACAGAGAAAGACCUGUCGGACCUAAUCUCAGAGAUGGAGAUGAUGAAGAUCAUUGGAAAACACAAGAACAUCAUCAACCUGCUUGGAGCCUGCACACAAGAUGGGCCCCUCUAUGUGAUCGUAGAGUUUGCCUCCAAGGGCAACCUGAGGGAAUACCUACGGGCUCGUCGUCCUCCCGGGAUGGAGUACUGCUACAACCCAGACCAGGUGCCUGUGGAGAACAUGUCCAUCAAAGAUCUAGUGUCCUGCGCGUAUCAAGUGGCCAGAGGCAUGGAGUAUCUGUCAUCUAAAAAGUGUAUACACAGGGACCUGGCUGCUCGCAAUGUUCUGGUUACUGAAGACAAUGUUAUGAAAAUCGCAGACUUUGGGUUGGCACGAGAUAUUCACCACAUUGAUUACUACAAGAAGACCACCAAUGGUCGUUUGCCAGUGAAGUGGAUGGCUCCGGAAGCUCUCUUUGACAGGAUCUACACGCACCAGAGUGACGUGUGGUCUUUUGGAGUGCUCCUCUGGGAGAUCUUUACUCUGGGGGGCUCCCCAUACCCGGGCGUCCCUGUGGAGGAACUCUUCAAGCUGCUAAAGGAAGGCCAUCGCAUGGACAAGCCCUCCACCUGUACCCAUGAGCUGUAUAUGAUGAUGAGGGACUGCUGGCAUGCUGUUCCUUCUCAGAGACCAACAUUCAAACAGUUGGUGGAGGAUCUCGACCGUACGCUUUCCAUGACUUCUAAUCAGGAGUAUCUGGACCUCUCUAUUUCUCUGGACCAGUACUCUCCCAGCUACCCGGACACACGCAGCUCUACCUGUUCAUCAGGGGAGGACUCGGUGUUCUCCCAUGAGGCCGGCGUGGACGAGCCCUGUCUGCCAAAGUUCCCCCCUCACCCCAGCAGAGUGGCAUUCAAGAAGCGCUGAUGAUUCCACGUUAUCUUCCUUUUUUUUUUGGUCUCUGCUCUGCAGAUACCCAACACACUCGUCUUCAUGCACACAGCAAAGGCCUAAAUUAAACACACACACACACACACACACACACACACACACACACACACACACACACACACACACACACACACAACACACACACCCACAGACACCC